ACCGGCCAUGCCGGGUGCCCGGGUGGCGUCCUCGCAACAUCUGGAGAGGUGGGCAAGGCCUCUGAGGAGGCGUGCGGAGUGCUGGCAGUGAGCAACAAGAUCGCUCCCGUGGCGCCAAAGCGGCGUGCGCGCGGCGGCAAGGCCAGCUGCGCGCACCGGCUCGAGAACUUCCGGCAGCACAAGGCUGCGGCACCUGCGGCUGCUCCUGCGAUCAAGUGGGAGCAGCUCGCCCACGGCCUCUUGCGUCAGCAACGCGCGACUCUGCGUGACGGCGCGCGAGCGGCCUGGGUGCGCAUGCGCGCCGCCCGAGAUCGGCGCGGCGGUGCGGAGCGCGUGGAG